AUGACCAAGAAUCAUUUCGCCAGGCUCGGAAAAGCUGCGGCAGAAUUCGAUGAGUAUUUGGAGUCGGUACACGGCAUGGACGAGGACAAGAUGGCGAGGAGAGACCAGGAGCGGGCCACAUUCUCCCGGAAGCUUGGGAAGAGGAGAUCAAAGCGGGAUUCAGACGACGACGACAGCGACACCUCCGACGAAAGCGAUACCUCCGACGAAAGCGAUACCUCUGACGAAAGCGAUUCGGACAGCUCUUCCGAAAGCUCGAGCUCCGAUUCUUCUGACAGCGACUCGGCUGACUCUCGUGCGAAAUCUAAGAAGAAAAAAUCAAAGUCGAAGUCGAGCAAGAUUAAGAGCAAGGACAAGAGGAAGCAGAAGCAGAAGGACAAGGCACCGAGCGGCAAGAGCAGCAGGAGCGGUCAUGCGAAGGAUAAACGGCCAUCGAUGAAGACUGAUUUAAGGGAUUGA